AUGUGUUGUAACUACUACGGCAACUCCUGUGGCUAUGGCUGUGGAUAUGGCUCUGGCUAUGGCUGUGGAUAUGGCUCUGGCUACGGCUGUGGAUAUGGCUCUGGCUAUGGCUGUGGAUACGGCUCUGGCUAUGGCUGUGGAUAUGGCUCUGGCUAUGGCUGUGGAUACGGCUCUGGCUAUGGCUGUGGAUAUGGCUCUGGCUAUGGCUGUGGAUAUGGCUCUGGCUAUGGCUGUGGAUAUGGUUCCAGGUAUGGCUGUGGAUAUGGCUCUGGCUAUGGCUCUGGCUGUGGCUGUGGAUAUGGCUCCUGCUACAGGUCUGGCUGCUGUGGCUAUGGACCAUCUUGCUACAGGAGAUGCUAUUCUUGCUGUUAG